AGUUGUUUAUUGUGUUUGGUAUUGUGUUGUGAAAGACACACAACUUGCACUUCUCUCUCAGUUCUCAUACUUUGCAGAAACACCAAGCGAAGCUCUUCUAGAGAGAGAGAGAGAGAGAACCUGUCUCUCCCACUUCACUCUCACUCUUCCACUUCCCAAAUUCUCUUUCAACCCUAAACCCACUUCCACUUUCAUUCUUCUCAGAACAAGACCAGGAGAAGCUACAAUGGACGCGCGCACACAAUAUAAUCCACGCACCGUUGAGGAAGUUUUCAGAGAUUUUAAGGGUCGUCGUGCUGGUCUCAUCAAAGCUCUCACCACUGAUGUUGAAGAGUUUUAUACCCAAUGUGAUCCGGAGAAGGAGAAUCUUUGCUUGUAUGGCUUCCCUAGUGAGCAGUGGGAAGUCAAUUUACCUGCUGAGGAAGUUCCGCCAGAGCUUCCCGAGCCUGUACUUGGCAUUAACUUUGCCAGGGAUGGCAUGCAAGAGAAAGACUGGCUAUCUUUGGUUGCUGUUCACAGUGAUUCAUGGUUAAUCGCCAUUGCGUACUACUUUGGUGCCAGAUUUGGCUUCGACAAAUCUGACAGGAAGCGCCUGUUCAACAUGAUCAAUGAUCUGCCAUCAAUAUAUGAAGUUGUUACUGGUGCUGCAAAGAAACAAGUUAAGGAGAAGUCUUCAGUUUCAAACCACAGUGGCAGCAAAUCCAAGUCCAGCUCGAAAGCGCAGCGGGCUCCAGAACCUCAGGUCAAGCAGACAAAGCCAUUGGAGUUACCUAAAGAUGAUGAGGUGGAGGAACUGGACGAGGAAGAUGAAGAUGAACAUGGAGAGACCUUAUGUGGUGCAUGCGGUGAGCAUUAUGGCACUGAUGAAUUCUGGAUUUGCUGUGACAUCUGCGAGAAGUGGUUCCAUGGGAAAUGUGUGAAGAUCACCCCUGCUAGGGCUGAGCAUAUCAAGCAGUACAAGUGUCCAUCAUGCAGUAACAAUAAGAGAGCUCGCCCUUGAAGACAUAAUAACAAGCAAGGUUUCGAUCAUUUACUGAUCGUGUUGUUGUUCUGUUUUUCUUUCUAGACGUUUAAGUUAUUGGAUAGUUUCUGUUUGGCACAUUGUAGGUGUUUAUUUACUAGUCCAUUAUAGAAUUGUGCUGUUGUUGGUUUUGUUGUUGUCAGCUGCAAUUCAGUUGAUGACUUCUUGUGUUUGUUCAAACUGUAGUUUAUUGUUAUUUAUGAAUUGCUGACUUUGGAAAGUUAAAUAUUUUCCUUAAUGUUAUAAGGAAAACUAGGAUAUUUAAACAUAAAUUUAUUUAAAA